AUGCCCCCGUCUCUCACAGAAUCCACUCCGCUGGUUCCAAAACAGCAAAAACCAGUGCGACAAGAAGAGGAAAAGAUGAGUCUAAAAUUUUCCUCCGUCGCCGCCGCGUUUCAGCUACUACUUAUUAUAUUAUUUGGAACAAUUACGAGAUAUGGAGACCAAGCCUUACCUCCCCAUCUACGUAAAGAUGCUGUAGGAGGACCGGAUAACGUGUCUGCUGACGCACACCCAGGCAACAACGACAUUUCAGUUUAUUAUUCAAGUUAGUCAAUUUAUGUACCUUUUUAUUUUAUUAAUUUUUGCAGUUUUUUUCAAGUUAGUCAGGGAGAAUUUCUUAACUCUGCCAUCCCAAUGCGGCAUCAAAAUCUAUCGUAAAAUUUCAAGAAAAUAUCUAAAAAAACCUGCGCGCGUUAAUUUGCCAGAACGCGUCCAAAUUAAGUCAAACGCGUUCACUAUUGGUAGAUUUUUAAUUAGAGAAUCAAUGUAGAUUUAUGAGCUAUAUAAAUAUUUACUAAGGUAUGCGAUUAUGCAACAUGCCGCGGCAAGAGAACCUUGAAAUUAUCAUUUAG